AUGGCCAACAUCAUGGACCCCAUCGAUGAUCCGUCUUAUAACGUCGAAGCAACGGAACAUGCCUUUGGUACAAGCGCGUCAGACCUUCGUCGCGACGUCAGUACCUACAACAAUGAUGCGAACGACACCGGUAGUGGCUCGUAUGGGUACUCCGAAAAUCGCCACCCAAGCAGUAUCACUGACUCCAUUGAUCGGAGGGCUGUCGGCGAUCGGUAUGACCGUACUGCCGGCAUCUCAUCUAAUACUGGUUCCUACGCCCAAGGUGCUAUAAGCCCGAGCCAGAAACAGUAUCUACAAAACACAAGUGAACAACCCACGCAGCACGAGUCACCACUUCACCAGUCUCAAUACAACGCCCCGGGUUCAGCCGAGUUAUCAUAUGGCACCAAUGUUCUAAGGCCGACAGUUGCCGGAUUCCAGUCGAGCAAUGUUGAGAGCUCUGGUCCGCACAUGGACAACAACUUUGAUAACAUCAACUCCUACAACUCAAAAGAACUGUGCGGUCAGGGCUCUCAGAAUAUCUCACCUCGCCAUCAGUCCCAGCAGACUAUACCUGCUGCUACCGAGUCAUCGCAUGGUUCUAGAGCUCCAUCAUCGACGGCCACUGAGUUCGAGCCGAGGAACACUGAGGACAACAAGGAGCCGCUUAUCAAGAGUAGCUAUGGAAGCAGCAACGCCCAUGGGACAGGAGAUCAAUAUCCUCAACAUGACUCGUUUCUGCGCCAGUCUCAGACUAGCAUGUCAGGCCCUGCUGAGUCGAGACAUGGCACUGAAGUUCCAGCGUCAAUGGCCACCGCAUCACAGACGAGCAAUUCUAGGAACACGACUGGACCGCGCGUGAAUAGCGGUCGUGACACCAAUGCUGAUGCCAGUACCACUGAUAUCAACAAAAAGAAAGGCGAGAGGUUUGAAGGGAAUCAAGAUGACGACAUUACUGGGGAGAAAGUCAACGGUAUUGCAGGCGUGAUCCCUAUCUCUGGCAGUGCUGGUCCAACUACUACUAAAACUUUCGACCCUCAUGCUGAGCUCAGCGAAACCAGUAAGAACGUCUCUGCAACAGCGUCUACAGGUAAUGACGGCGAAGACCGAAAGGCGCCGGCUCGCCAACAUAAUCCAGCCAGCAGCAGCUACAACACAACGAGAAGCAGCGAUGAACAGUCAACCGCCAACUCAGAGAGGGGCAGCGGAUUGGGGAAGAAAAGCCACUCGGGCACAGGCGUAGGUGAAGUCCGGUCUGCUGAAUCUCGGAGUGCGGUUUAA